UUCCGGUUCCAAUUUUGACCUUUUUAAAAAAUCAACAAAGUAAGUGCCCUGUACAAGUAAAAAGCUAUGGAUGACCAGUGCUAUGAUCUGUGUACCAAGUUAGUAUCACAAAGUUACAUACAACAAGGAAAGCAGGCAAAAUUAGUCCACCAGAAAAGGAUUAAACAUCUUCUUCAACAUAGAAAGAUACCAGAGGAUGGAUGGACAGAUCAGACAAUUGAGUUAUUGUUACAAGAGUUGUCUGUCAUGGAUAGUAAUAAUUUCCCAGAUAAUUGUGGAGUUGGGGAAAGAGAGGCCAGAAUAUUUUCCACUUUAGUUGCAACCAGACAUUACAGAUUUGGUCAUGGAAUUGGUAGAUCAGGGGAGAUAACUGCUAUUCAGCCAAAAGCUGCUGGUUCUAGUGUAAUGAUGAAACUAACCAACAGUCUGAUGUUAGAUGUCAUCAAAAUAUCAGGAAUUCAGUCAGCAGCAUCCUGUUUUAUUGUUCCCAUGGCAACUGGAAUGAGUUUAUCUUUGUGUAUGUUGACCUUUAAACAGUCAAGGCCAAAUGCCAAGUAUGUGAUAUGGCCAAGAAUAGAUCAGAAAUCCUGUAUAAAGUCUAUGAUAACAUCAGGGUUUGAGCCUGUAGUGAUAGAGAAUUGUAUGGAAGGUGAUGAACUGAGAACCAACCUGACAGCAGUGGUAGAAAAAAUAGAAGAACUAGGUCCAGACAAUAUUUUAUGUGUCAUGACAACUACUAGCUGUUUUGCUCCAAGGGUCCCAGAUAGAAUAGAAGAAAUAUCUGAGAUUUGUAAGAAAUUUGAAGUUCCACAUCUUAUAAACAAUGCUUAUGGUUUACAAUGUACAAAGUGUACACACCUAAUACAACAAGCAAGUAGAAAAGGUAGAGUUGAUGCUUUUGUUCAGAGCACAGAUAAAAAUUUCAUGGUUCCAGUCGGAGGAUCAAUUAUAGCAGGGUUUGAUGCUAAAUUAAUAGAAAGUAUCAGCAAAGCUUAUCCAGGAAGAGCAUCAGCAACACCAACUAUGGACAUGUUUAUAACCUUUUUAAGUAUGGGCAGUCAGAAAUACAAAGAUUUACUGAAGGAGAGGAAAGAAAACUACCAAUAUCUGGCAUCAAAAUUAUCUGAAGUAGCAUCAAAACAUGGAGAGAGACUUCUACAAACUCAUCAUAAUGGAAUUUCAAUGGGAAUGAGUUUGUCAUCAAUAAUUGUUAAAGAAGAUAAAGAUGUGACAGAAAUAGGGUCCAUGCUGUUUACAAGAUUUGUAUCUGGGACUAGAGUUAUAAGCAAUUCUUCUACAGACUCAACAAUUAACGGACUGAAAAUAACCAACUUCGGAGCCCAUUGUGAUAAAUAUAACUGUCCAUACCUAACUGCAGCAGCCUCUAUCGGAAUGACCAGGACUGAUGUAGAUACAUUUAUAACAAGACUCGAUAAAGUGCUAAAAAAAUAUAAGUCAUCUGUUGGCUCUGAUGUCCUGUCUGUAGAGGAAAAAACAUCCAAUGAUAUUCCAUGAUACAAGGAGAUAACAUCCAAUGAUAUUCCAUGAUACAAGGAGAAAACAUCCAAUAAUAUUCCAUGAUACUGCAAUAAACCUAUUAUAUCUGGUUAAAGGACCAACCCUUUUAUCUUGCACCUGACUCUAUUAUUUUAAUCAUGUGUAUUUGUGAUCAAAAAAAUACAUGGUGUUGAAAAAUUAGUGACAAUGAAUUAAUCAGAAUAAAUAGACAGCAAGUUUUGUUUAUAAUUUAUAAUUUAUAUGCAAUAAUGUUUGAAUUUCCUUAAACAAUACUUGUUCAUGUAUGUCAUAUAUCUAAAUAUACA